CUGGGUCGGUUGCAUUUUCGGAUUUUUUGGGGAUUCAGGACCUGAAUUUUUUGAAAAAUGAAGAAGCUCAAGAGCUACUACUCGCAUCUGAGGCACCACCAAACAGUGGAGCUCAAAUGGAUCUUCCCCUUGGCGAUUGGCUCCAUUGUCUCUCUCUUCCUCCUCUUCCUCACCACCCUGACGUCAUCCGACGGCACGCCGCUGCUCCCUUUCUACCGCUCCUUCUCCAUCUCCAGCUCCGUCUUCAUCGAAUCCAAGCUCCACCCGCUUCCGGUCUCCUCCCUCCCGCCGCCGCCGCGCUUUGCGUACUUCAUCUCCGGCUCUAACGGCGACGGAAACAUGCUGAAGCGGACCCUCCAGGCGCUUUACCACCCGCACAACCACUACGUGGUCCACCUGGACCUUGAGUCGCCGCCCGAUGAGCGGAUGGAUCUGCAGAAUUACGUUUCUACCCACCCCGUUUUUGUCAAGUUUGGGAAUGUGAAGAUGAUCAGCAAGGCCAAUCUCGUCACUUACAGGGGACCGACUAUGGUGGCCAACACCCUCCACGCCGCCGCCGUUUUGCUGAGGGAAGGCGGCGAUUGGGAUUGGUUCAUCAACCUCAGCGCUUCCGAUUACCCACUUGUUACUCAGGAUGAUCUGCUGCAUACGUUUUCAUACUUGCCGCGGGAUCUUAACUUCAUCGACCAUACAAGCAACAUUGGGUGGAAAGAGUAUCAAAGAGCGAAACCGAUAAUUGUAGAUCCGGGGUUGUAUAUGACCAAGAAAACCGAUGUCUUUUGGGUUACACAGCGAAGGAGUGUGCCAACAGCUUUCAAACUUUUUACAGGUUCUGCUUGGAUGGCACUUUCAAAGCCCUUUGUUGAUUACUGCAUAUGGGGAUGGGACAACCUACCUCGAACUGUUCUCAUGUACUAUGCAAACUUUUUAUCAUCCCCGGAGGGAUACUUUCACACGGUCAUAUGUAACGCUCAAGAGUUCCACAACACAACUGUGAAUAGUGACCUACAUUUUAUAACGUGGGAUAACCCUCCCAAGCAACAUCCUCACCACCUUAACCUUGCAGAUAUGCAAAGGAUGGUCGACAGCAAUGCUCCCUUUGCAAGAAAGUUUCGCCAAGAUGAUCCAGUGCUUGACAAAAUUGAUUCUGAGCUGUUGUUUAAGGGUCCCGGUAUGCUUGUUCCUGGUGGUUGGUGCAUAGGAAAAAGGGACAACGGGUCUGAUCCAUGCUCUGAUAUUGGCAAUACCACAGUCCUCAUGCCUACCCCGGGAGCAAAAAGGCUCGAAGUUUUGAUCAGCUCUCUAUUAUCCAACGAGAAAUUCCGAUCAAACCAGUGCAAAUGACAAGAACUCAAACUGCUUGUUGAAGCUUGUUGAAGUGCUUCCCCACGUCAGUUCAAUUAGUUUACAAUUGACGACAGAAUACAGCAUUAUCAGGGAAAUGGUGUGUACAUACUUCCCAUGAGCUAGAUUGCUUCGUGCUAUGCUGACAUGGUAUGUACCAUUGGUUUCUAGUUAGCCCACCAUUUCCCAUUUACCUGUUUUUUGGUUUUCAAAUUUUUGGAUACUGCAUUUGUCAUGGUCCGGGCAUUUCGUAUGCUGCAGUAAAAUGCGUCUUGAAAUGAUGAUGGGAGUGUAGUGUAAGAACUGCUGGAAAGAUGUAUAUUUUGAAAGAGGAAAUCUAAAGAAAACUUGUCUGA